UCGCCCAACAUGGUCCUUCGGAGGCCUCUUCUAAAAGCAACCUCGAACGUUGUCUUCACGCCCAAAGUCUGCGUCAGAAACCUCCAGUACUCGAUACCCAUCCGGCCCGUACCUAAACCCACACCAUUCAUCCCCGACCACACUUCUUUUCUGAGCGCCAUCGGUCGAGGCCUUUCGGCGCACGCAGCCAAAAUUACAUCAUGGGACGCUCUAUUCACUCUCUCGUCGCAUCAACUGAAGGAGCUAGGCGUUGAGCCUGCGCGGUCGAGAAAAUACCUGUUGCAGUGGCGCGAGAAGUUUCGAAACGGCGAAUACGGAAUUGGCGGCGACUGCAAACAUGUCACAGACGGCAUUGCUGAGCUGAUGCUUGUGGAGGCUCCCGUGGGCCAACAUCCUCUACCGGGUAUGCAUCCCCGUUCAGCUGUGUCUACAGCGACCCACGAACCCGGAACUAGGAAACUGGUCGUCAACACUCCUGUAAACGCGGAAGCACCCGUCGAACCUCUGGAAGAUCUGAAAGCUGUGGACGGUGUUGUGGUCAAGGGAGCCAAAACUAUCAAGGGCAGCUACGUGGAGCCUGUCAAGGGAAGCGGUGGUUUGAAGGCACGGAUACGUCUGCAGGAAGGCAUCUGGGAGGUCAGCAGAGGGCACAAGGUUGAUGGUGGUGAGAGGCGGAAGGCUGAAGUCAGAGCAAAACGAAGGGCGGCUGAAAACAAAGACAAUCAGAGAUAG